UUUGAUGAGAUGGAUGAUAUUUAUAACACUAAUGGCGAUUCCUCGGUAGGAUGUAGUAGGUUAUUCUUGGAAUCAUUCAGAGGAUUUGCUAGUAACAAAAAUAGUACUAGUAGUUCUCUGAUUUUCGGCACAAAUAUUUCCGAAGAAUGCUAUGAAGGGUUUGUUAUAAACCCCGACGGGAGAUUCUAUAGGUGUUGGGUGAACAUCAUAUUCAUAUGGUCGAUAUAUUCGUCCUUCUUCACACCAUUAGAGUUCGGAUUCUUCAGAGGAUUGCCAGACAAUUUGAGGAAUCUUGACACUGUUCAGAUGGUCUUUCUGGCUGAUGUCAUUUUGCGGUUCUUUGUGGCUUACCGAGAUGUCCAUACAUACAAAAUGGUCUAUCACCGGAAAAAGAUCGCCUUGCACUAUGCAAAGGGCACUUUCGCACUAGAUCUUCUUGGGUGUUUUCCUUGGGAUACCAUCUACAAGGUAACAGGAAGAAAAGAAGAAGUCAGGUGUCUUAUGUGGAUACGAUUAUAUCGAGCAAGAAAAGUGACUGAAUUCUUUCAAAAAUUGGAGAAAGAUAUUCGAUUAAAUUACAUGUUCACUAGAAUUGUGAAGCUAAUAACUGUUGAAUUAUACUGCACACAUACAGCUGCAUGUAUUUUGUACUACUUAGCAACAACAUUGCCUCCAUCAAAAGAAACUCAUACUUGGAUCGGAAGUUUAACUUUAGGUGACUACAAGUAUAUCAACUUCAGAGAAAUAGAGUUUUGGAGGCGAUAUAUAACGUCAUUGUACUUCGCCGUUGUUACCAUGGCAACUGUUGGUUAUGGUGAUAUUCAUGCGGUGAAUACUAGAGAGAUGAUAUUCAUUAUGAUUUUUAUCUCAUUUGAUAUGAUACUUGGAGCUUACUUGAUUGGUAAUAUGACAGCAUUGAUUGUCAAAGGCUCUAAUACUGAAAGAUUUAGGGAUAAAAUGACAGAUGUUAUAAAAUAUACCAACCGGAAUAAGUUGGAUAAAGAUAUCAGAUCACAAAUUAAAAGUCAUUUGAGGUUGAAGUAUGAGAGUAGCUAUUGUAAUGCUAGCAUUCUUGAAGAUAUCCCGGUUUCUGUUCGAGCCAAGAUUUCUCAGACUCUCUAUAUAGAGACAGUUCAGAAGGUCCCGCUUUUCAAAGGAUGCUCCAACGAAUUCCUGAGCCAAAUGGUUAUGAAGCUGAAUGAAGAGUUUUUUCUCCCUGGUGAAGUUAUUCUUGAACAAGGGAGUGUGGUAGAUCAAGUGUAUGUCAUAUCUCAUGGACGUCUGGAAGAGGUAGCUAUUGGAGAAGAAGGGUCAGAGGAAUCUAUUGCAGAGCUUGAACCCCAUUUUGUAUUCGGUGAAGUUGCAGUUUUAUGCAGUAUUCCUCAGCCAUAUACAGUUCGUGUCUCUGAACUAUGUAGACUUUUACGCAUAGAAAAACAGGCCUUUACUGGUAUCUUGAAGCUUUAUUGCACAGAUAACCGUCAGAUACUCAAUAAUCUUCUCAAGGGUAAGGAUACCGAUCUUAGGAUCAAACAGAUGGAAUCAGAUAUCACUUAUCUAAUAGCAAAACAGGAUUCUGAAUUGGCAUUAGGAGUAAACAGUGCUGCCUAUCAUGGUGACUUGUAUCAUUUGAAGGGAUUAAUCAAUGCUGGAGCCAAUCCUAGCAAAAUCGAUUAUGAUGGAAGAACUGCACUUCAUUUGGCUUCCUCUAGAGGUUUUGAAGAUAUUGUGAGAUUUCUAAUACAAAGAGGAGGUGACGUCAACUAUGUAGAUAAGUUUGGGAACUCACCUAUGUUAGAGGCCAUCCAGGCUGGACAUGAUAGAGUUGCAACACUUCUCUUACAUAAUGGUGCAAAAUUAAAUUUAGAAGAUUCUGGAAGUUAUCUAUGCAAAGUUGUUGUGGACAACAAUAUUGAUUUCUUAAGACGCUUGUUGGAAUAUGGAGUUAAUCCUAACUCAAAGAACUAUGAUCAACGCACACCUUUACAUGUUGCAACUUCAGAAGGUUUGCACAUUGUUGCAAAAAUCUUGAUCCAGUUUGGAGCCGAUGUUCUUUCAGAAGACAGAUGGGGAAACACUCCACUUGAUGAAGGACGAAGAUGUGGCAGCAGACCUUUACUCAACAUUUUGGAGGAAGCUAAAGUAGGUUUUACAAUUGAACACAGUGGAAGCUUUCAAAGGACUGAUUAAAUGAGCAUCAAGACAAUGGGGUUAAUUACCGAGACGGUGCAGAUAAAGAGCUAGAUAAGUACUAGUAUUUACUUGUCAUUCGGAAAUGUUUACAUUGUGAGAUAAAU